AACGAAUGCCGACGAUCCGCCUCCACUACAAAUAAGCCGCACCGCAUUUCGAAAGGCCACACGAGCGACACCCACGCACCUUCUUCGAAGCCGCCGUUCGAGCCGAGCGCCCCGCGCCGCCAGCCAAACCCUAGCUCCUCCGCCAUGGCCACCGUCUCCCUCACCCCGCAGGCGGUCUUCUCCACCGAUUCCGGCGGCGCCCUCGCCUCCGCCACCAUCCUCCGGUUCCCGCCCAACUUUGUCCGCCAGCUCAGCACCAAGGCCCGCCGCAACUGCAGCAACAUCGGCGUCGCGCAGAUCGUCGCCGCUGCGUGGUCAGACCUCCCCGCCGGACGCUGCAACUGCGGCGGCGGCGGCGUCCGCGUCCGCGGCGUGUCCUCCUCCCACGCCGCGGCCGCAUCGGCCGCCGCCGCCGCCUCCGCGGCGGCGGAGGUAAGCGCAAUCCCCAAUGCUAAUCUUGCGCAGCCAUCCGCCGUCGCAGUGGCCGAGCGUAACCUGCUCGGCUCCGACGCCAGCCUCGCAGUCCACGCGGGCGAGAGGCUGGGAAGAAGGAUCGCCACCGACGCGAUCACCACGCCAGUAGUGAACACCUCAGCCUACUGGUUCAACAACUCUCAAGAGCUAAUCGACUUUAAGGAGGGGAGGCAUGCUAGCUUCGAGUACGGGAGGUAUGGAAACCCGACCACAGAGGCAUUGGAGAAGAAGAUGAGCGCACUGGAGAAAGCUGAGUCCACUGUGUUUGUGGCGUCGGGUAUGUAUGCAAGUGUGGCUAUGCUCAGCGCAUUUGUCCCAGCAGGUGGUCACGUUGUGACCACCACCGAUUGCUACCGCAAGACAAGAAUUUACAUGGAAACUGAGCUCCCUAAGAGGGGAAUUUCGAUGACUGUUAUUAGACCUGCUGACAUGGAUGCUCUCCAAAAUGCAUUGGACAAUAAUAAUGUAUCUCUUUUCUUCACCGAGACUCCUACAAAUCCAUUUCUCAGAUGCAUUGAUAUUGAGCUUGUCUCCAAUAUGUGCCAUAGCAAGGGAGCAUUACUUUGUAUUGAUAGUACUUUUGCCUCCCCUAUCAAUCAGAAGGCACUAACUUUAGGUGCUGACCUAGUUAUUCAUUCUGCAACAAAAUACAUUGCUGGACACAACGAUGUUAUUGGAGGAUGCAUCAGUGGCAGAGAUGAGCUAGUUUCCAAAGUCCGCAUCUAUCACCAUGUAGUUGGUGGCGUUCUAAACCCGAAUGCUGCUUAUCUGAUCCUUCGAGGUAUGAAGACACUGCAUCUCCGUGUGCAAUGUCAGAAUAAUACUGCACUGCGGAUGGCCCAGUUUUUAGAGGAACAUCCAAAGAUUGCACGUGUGUACUAUCCUGGCUUGCCCAGUCACCCUGAACAUCACAUUGCAAAGAGUCAAAUGACUGGCUUUGGGGGUGUAGUCAGUUUUGAGGUUGCUGGAGACUUUGAUGCAACAAGGAAAUUCAUUGAUUCUGUUAAGAUACCUUAUCAUGCUCCUUCAUUUGGAGGCUGUGAGAGCAUAAUUGAUCAGCCUGCCAUCAUGUCGUACUGGGAUUCGAAGGAGCAGAGAGACAUCUAUGGGAUCAAGGACAACCUUAUCAGGUUCAGCAUCGGAGUGGAGGAUUUUGAGGAUCUGAAGAAUGAUGUUGUUCAGGCCCUCGAUAAGAUCUAAGCAUUUGAUUAUUUUCAGAUUCUGGAAGUCUAUCUGAUCAUCUUAUCUUGGACCUCAUAGAGUACUGUGAUAUUUGAGCAGAUGGUUGCGAAUAAAAUUUCCUCUUUUUUGUAAUCUAUUCAUUUAAUUUCAAUAAGUUGGGACUCUCUGGAGUCUUGUUGUUGAAGGAUGUAAUGUUGAAAAUGGUGUUCUACUUGUUGAAUUUGAGUUGAUUGGUCGCAUGGACUUCUAGGUUUGCUUUA